AUGGGUGUUAAUAAUGGUUUCAAGAUGGAUAAUCAACUUUUACAAGAUGAUGAUGAUGAUCUUCCACUUCCUGGAUUUAGAUUCCAUCCUACUGAUCAAGAACUUGUCACUUUUUAUCUUCAAAGGAAACUUGACAAGAAACCUAUUUCUAUUGAUCUUAUCAAACAAGUUGAUAUCUACAAAUAUGAUCCUUGGGAUCUUCCAAAAUCUAGUGUACAUGGAGCAGAAAAUAAAGAAGGUUACUUCUUUUGCAAAAGAGGGAGAAAAUAUAAGAACAGCAUUAGGCCGAAUAGAGUAACUGGUUCUGGAUUCUGGAAAGCAACAGGAAUAGAUAAAGCAAUAUACUCAAAUGGAGGAGAAGGAAAUGAUUGCGUUGGACUCAAAAAAACACUUGUUUACUACCGUGGUAGUGCUGGCAAAGGCACCAAAACUGAUUGGAUGAUGCACGAGUUUCGUCUUCCAUCUAAUAUUGCCACCAAGACAAAUCUUGCUCAUGCUAAGAAUGAUACUGAUAUGGCUCAUGAAGCGGAAAUUUGGACAUUGUGUAGAAUUUUCAAAAGAAAUGUAUCACAAAGGAAGCAACAAAUGGCAGAGGUGAAACCAUUAGCUACCAAGCGUCAGGCUAUUCAUGACAAGAGCACCAGAAUGAGCAGCAAUAUGGAGUUCAUGUUAAAUCAACAAGCAUACAUCAAUUUUGGUCCAAGCCAUCAAGAUCAUCAUAAUCAGGAUAAACCAGUGUUACCAGUAAAUAACUAUACAAGUAGUUAUCAAAGGAAUCAAUUCUCUUCAGUUGCACAGCAACCUCAACAAAUUUUAAUACCAUCUUCAAACUUUUGGAUUCAGGAAGCUGCAAAUGAGUUAUUAUCAUUUGAUAAUUGGGAUGAGCUUGGAUCAGUUGUGAAGUUUGCUGUUGAUUCACCUAGUUUGUAA